GUUGCUAGAAUUCUGUCUCAUGAGGCUGGAAUCAGUGAUAUAGCUGUGCUACAGGCAGCUCUGCUACACGAUACAGUGGAAGAUACAGACACCACGUUCCUGGAAAUCGAGGAGAAGUUUGGACAGGAGGUCAGAAAGAUUGUGGAGGAGGUGACAGAUGAUAAGACCUUACCAAAGAUGAAGAGGAAGCAGCUGCAGAUUGAGCAUGCACCCCAUCGCAGUCACAAGGCCAAGCUGGUCAAACUAGCCGAUAAAUUGUACAACCUGCGAGACCUGAACCGAAGCACUCCAAAUGGUAGGUAUUGCUUAUACAGAAAUUUACAGCUUUACGCAGUGAUAAAGGUUGCUGCAUUCAUUUCUUAA